GACCCAUCUCUGACUGCCUAUAGCCGGGCGCCAAACGCGGGUACCGAGACACUAAACAGUACCUCUUCCCUAUCACCGAAGACUUCAUUUCCGGGCAUCGCAAGCUGAAAAGGGAUAAAACCCUAAAAGUCUCUCCUUUUUCCUCAAAAAACCCUUAAUUUUUUUUCAAAAAAAAAAAUGAAGAAUCUCUACCCAAAAUCGAAGGGCAAAAUCCACCCAUCCCCAGCUCUCCCCUCCGCCGCCACCUCCGCCGCCGCCAGCGGCGGACGCCCUCUCCGUUCUCAAAACUCCUACCGCAGCAAUCUUCACCUUGACGGCGGCGCUUUCGUUGAAGACAAGGAGGUGGUUGCGUACCUGAUGAUACGAUCAAUCAACGGACCGCCGGACUUCACCCGCCCGCGCUUCGACUGCGGCUGCUUCGAUUGCUAUACUUUCUUUUGGUGGCGUUGGGACUGCUCGAAGGAUCGAGAGGUGAUUCACAUGGCGAUCGAGGGUUUCGAAGAGCAUCUCGCGAGCAAGGAGACGAAGAAGAAGAGGAAGAAGAGUAAAGAUGAGAGGAAACGAAAGGAGGAGAGAGAGUGGGAAAAUGAGAAAGCGGUGGAGGUUUUUGAGGUGGCGGAGGAGAAUAAGGGUUUUGAUGAAGAUGCGGUGACUUUAAGCGAGGAGAAAGAGGAUGAGAUAGAAACUAAUGAGGAGGCGGUGGAGAUAUCGGGAUGUUUAACUCGCGUUUAUGGAGCCUUUGGAGUCCGGGAGCCUGAGUUUUUUUAGCGAAGUUCAGGUCUUUUUGAUAUUUUGCAAAAAGGGCGAAAGCUUAAUUUUUUUCAAAAUUUAGUGUUGUUUUCUUGCAUGGGUGUUGUUCUAGUUCUGUAAAUUUAGUUUUUGUGGCCGGGGGGUUCGUCCUGCCGGGUAUGGAGCUGAAAUCUUUUUGCAGAAAAGUCCUCGGUUGUAUUAUAUUUGCAGCGGCUAUAGGGACUAAAAUAUUACGGUGAUGGCCUCUUGAUGCUUAUCUUUAAGCGCAUAUUACGAGAACCGCCUUGUGUAUAUGCAAUGGCGAGGGUUGAGGGUAUUUUGCGGAUUUUUGUGUAAUUAUGGGUACGGGAAUUUUUGGAUUAGGUUGAGUAAUUCCAGUGUUGUGAUUUCCAGGCAAAUCGCUUUAUUUAUGUUGAGGGUAAUGUUUCUGUUCUAGGAAACAGUGGCAAUGAAAUUUUGGUGGUGUUUUCAAUA